GAAAUUUUCUGCACACGCGCCGGUUGGUUGCAUUGCAUUGCCUCCGAGCUUAGGAGCGCGAGAGGUAGAACCCUAGGCCGACUUAUUUCCCUCCUCCCUUCCUACUCGAAGGCGAUUUGAAGCGCGCAGCCGAGCAUUGGGGAAGUGUGGAGAUUGGUGGGUGAAGGAACUUUUCUCAGCUAACUCUUCCGAUCGGUGAUGGUGUCUACUUUAAACCUCGAUGAUGAAGACGAUUUUGGAGGGGAUGCUCCUGGAAGCCAGACUAGUACCAAACGUUCAGAUGGUAAGCGAAAAUUUGGAGAUCUCGACGAAGAAGAAGACGGCGCCUUUGGUCGCAAGGGAAAAUCAAAAAUUGAAGAAAGUGGACCUGGUAUGACCAUGGGAAUGAUUUUGUCUCUGCGUGAAAGCUUGCAGAAUUGUAAAGCUAAUCUCACAUCAUGCCAGGGAGAGUUAGAAGUUACUAAGUCGGAGAUUCAAAAGUGGCAUUCUGCAUUUCACAAUGGACCAGUUACUCCAGCUGGAAUGUCUCCAGAACCCGGGUUGGUGCUAACUUAUCUCCUGAACUUAAAGUCCUCUGAAGAAUCCUUAAAAGAACAGCUAGAGAAAGCUAAGAAAAGAGAGGCUGCAUUUAUUGUCACUUUUGCAAAAAGAGAGCAGGAAAUUGCUGAUCUCAAGUCUGCAGUUCGAGAUUUGAAGACUCAACUGAGACCACCAUCAAUGCAGUUUUCAAUGGAAGGAAAGAGCAAGAAGAGGCUAACAAUGGUAGCAACGGCUACGAAUGCACCAACUUCACAGCCAAUUCUAUCAACUCCAAUUGAACAAGUAGAAAGUUCAAUGCCAACAAAGGUUAAAAGAAAAACUCUUUGCGCCAAACACUUAUGGACAAAACAAGAGGAUGCUGCAUUAGUUGACUGUCUUGUUGAGUUGAGCAAAGAUUCAGUUUGGAAGAGCGAGAAUGGUUUUAGAACUGGGUACUUGUUGCAUUUAGAGGAACUUAUGGAUGUUAAAGUGCCAUCAAGCAAUCUGAAGGCUACCCCUCAUAUCGAGUCAAGGUACAAGCUACUAAAGAGGUAGUUCCAUGCAAUCAAAGAGAUGUUGAAUCAUAGCAAUGGAUUUGGGUGGAAUGAUGCUCAGAAGUGUAUCAUUGUAACAAAGGAUGUCUUUAGUGAUUGGGUUAAGAGUCAUCCGGCUGCUAUUGGUUUAAGGAACAAAGAGUUCCCCCACCUUGAUGACUUGAUGUUUGUGUGGGGGAAAGAUUGUGCCAUAGGAGCUAGUGCAAAAUACCCAGCUGAUGCAGUAGAAGAGAUAAAUUUAUGCGAUGAAGAGGCUGACACGUUUGAGUAUGAAAUAGAUGAACAAAUUGAAGAUCACGAAGAUAAAGAAUCUGUCAGAGAUGAAAUAAAGAAAUUUGAGAUUCUAGAUUCAUCCGUGUGCCCAUCAAGCAAGAAGUCAACCACCAGAAAGAAAAAAGGGAAGUCUGAUGAUGUUCUAGGUGACUUGGUGGGAGAGAUUCACAAGUAUAUUACUACUGUUAUAGAGGCUAAUGAGGAGAUGAAGGGAAUUUCUACCUACUUCAAGAAACAAACCGAGUGUAGUGAUAGAAAAAUGAGGAUAUAUGAUGAGUUAAUGGAACUUUCUGACUUCUCUCAAGAAGAAAUUAUGGAUGUCGGGGAGAAUAUUCUCAAGGAUGAAUACAAGGUCGACAACUUCUUCGCACUGCCAAAGGCAUUUAGGAGAGAUUACGUGGUAAAGCAGCUCUCUGAGAUCCAUCCAAAAUGAAUUUGAUAUUUGAAUUAGGUUGACACUUAUAUUUUGAUAUACUUUUGGAAGUAUUAUUUUGAACAAAACUUGUUGGAUGAAUGUCAUUUUGGAUUGAGCUUAGAUGAUAUAUUAUAUUAUGUUUAUCAAAAUUGCUGGUUGAAUUAGCCCAAAAUGUGAUUUCUAGUCAAGUGACAAAGGCUUGUGUAGCUAGGUAUAUGUUGGUGAAAUUGCUAGUGAAAUUGCUCGAUGAAAUCAUUUUUAAUUGUUGGUGAAAUUACUGAACCGGUAUAUGUAGCUAGAAUUUCGUGACAAAUCCAUUUAUUCCUUUUUCUUUGCUUAAUUGUCUCUGCCAAUGUGCAGUUUAACCUCUUCCAAUUCAAGUUCUUUGAAUAAUUGUACAGGUCCAGUUGCUUUUGAUGCGAGCAGUUAAAGUGGAAGCAUUUUACACUAAAAAAACAUAGAUUUAUGGACGAAAUUAAUUUAUCACAAAUCAGCAACAAAAAUAGUGAUAAAAAAAGUCGUCGCAAGACAAUAAAAAAUUUAGCAACAAAAAUAAUUUAUCACAAAAUUAGUAACAAAACAAUUUGUCGCAAAAUUUAUCACAAAUUAGUGAUGAAUUUUAUAAUAAAUUUUGGAUUCGUUGAACAUAUAAAUUUCGGACCGAUCUCGAUUUAGUAAAUUUAGCGAUGAAUUAUAAAUUUAUUGCUAAAUUUGUGACGAAGUCAUUUCGUCGCUAAAUUUAGAGGAAAUUUCAGAUCUAGGGAUCUAAAAUCCCUCCUAGGCCUAAAUUCACUCUCUCUCCCGAAUGCACGCAUGCAGUGAUGUCGAUGUCCUUUGGCUCUCUCCAACUUGCGAAGCAUGCUGAUCUCCUUUGGAUAGAUAUGAUGAGCUAGCUCAGAGAAGUUUGGGUGAUAGUGAUGAUAAUGAUGGAUUUGAGCCAUUUGUUGGUAAUAAUACGAGUCUAUGACUUAAGACGAGUGGUGGACCGAAAGAGGGAAGAAUAUUUGAAUUGGGAUCUUUAAGCCGAAAUUGUAGAGUUGCUGAUACAUCUUCUUCCAUCUCAUCAGCAGUGAGGGCAGAAAUAAAUCAAUUGAUUGAAGAAAUUAGCAAUUUGAAAGAGUUACUAGUGCAAAGGAAUUAGGAAAUGAGGCAAAGGGAUCGGGAAAUUAGCGAUUUGCGCUAACAACAGAACUUUAUCAUGCAACAUCUUCAGUUAGCCUCUCCUCCAACUCAGAUUCCUCGUGGUAAUGGUGAUGAUGGUGGCGGCGGCGACGAUGACGACGACGAUGAUGAUGAUAGUUGGUCGCCAAGGAAGGUGGUGACAAAUGGAAAUCCAUGUCAGAAGAG